UUGGCACUGGAAUGAUUCAAUCGAGUAGGAAUCAUCAGGGCGUGUGUUAUUUUGUGCGUCCACAUCUACGUACUAUCAACCAACAACGGACGCUAGUUUUAAAUAUCAUCAAGUGUAGGUUGUUAGCGCGAUAAUAAUUCAUUGUUAAUCAGCUCUAGUGGAAAUGGUGCAAGAAAAAUAAUGAGAUGUGUAAUUAAUCAAGUGGUUUAAAUAAUUAACGGGCAGAGAAAGUGCCUGAAGAAGGACAAUUAUUAUUUGAAUUAUAAUUGUUAUAGUAAACAAAAGACAAUGGGGCGUUUAGCUUUGACGGUGAUCUACAUUGUGGGUUUUAUGAAGCUGGGCGUAGUCGGUCAGUUUGGAUGGCAUCCUCUGGACAGUUUUGAUGAAAUAAAAGGAAAAAUAGACCAGGUCAACAUGGAUAAUUGUGAAAUAAAACGUCUAAAUGACUUAUUUUUGCCAGCCGCAGUAGUGUCCCAUCUUCCUGACAUCAAAGACAUAAAUAUCAACCCAGUAUUUCCUAAUAGAACUGGUCUGCUGUACAUACACAAUCUAGCAAUCAGUCGUGCUUAUUUUUGGAGUUACAGUUUACAGUCACGAUUUAUCAGACCAGCUAUCAAUGACACUUAUGAUCCUGGAAUGAUGUACUACUUCUUAUCAUCAGUUGCUGAUGUCUCUUCAAAUCCUCAUGUAAAUGCUUCGGCUACUUAUUUCGCGCCGAAUACAUCCUACACACCCAGUUACCGAGGAUUCUUUAACAAAACAUUGCCGAGGUUCGCACCACGAGCUAUCAGAGCUGAUGAUUUUAAUGAUCCCGUUCACUUGGAAAGAAUAUCCACGAGAAAUACUUUUCUUGCUAAUGAUCUUGGCGCUUUUCCACCUGACAGUCCCAGUCUUGAUUACACCGACGAGCAAUAUCGCAUUAACAAAUGGUAUACAGCUUGGCUGCCAGAUACUAAUCCGCAGAAGAGACACGACACCAAGACAACUUACCAAGUGGAAAUAAGAUAUGCGAACAAUACGAAUGAGACUUUUUCAUUUCACGGUCCACCAGGUGCUGAUGAAAAUCCGGGUCCAGUAAAAUGGACAGAGCCUUAUUUUGAUUGUCGUCGUUCGAACCGUUGGCUGGUGGCUGCAGUAGUACCCAUUGCAGAUAUUUACCCCCGUCAUACGGGUUUCCGGCACAUUGAAUAUCCAACAUACACUGCCGUGUCCGUAAUUGAAAUGGAGUUGGAGAGAAUUGACAUCAAUCAAUGUCCCCCAGGUCCAGGUAAUAGUGGUCCAAACUAUUUUGCCGAUACUGCGAGGUGUAAAAAAGAGACAACUGAGUGCGAACCGUUGCAUGGAUGGGGUAGUGGCAGACGGGGAGCAUAUCAAUGCCGAUGUCUACCUGGAUAUCGACUGCCUACACAAGUCCGAAGACCACAUUUGGGAGAAAUUAUUGAACGUGCCACAGAAGAACAAUAUCGCAAUGGAUUUGAUUGCGUAAAAAUUGGAUAUCGACAAGUAAUGCCAGUCAAGUGGAACAAAGCGCCUAAGCAUCUACGAGAUAAAUAUUUAGAAUUGUAUCCAGAAUACUCAAAUUAUUCUAAUUUCUCAAGUGGCGCUGACGCCUUUGAAACUCAAAAAAUCAACGUCCACAAUGCGAUUGCUUUUAUGAAAAGCGUUAAUGGGAAGAAUUGUGCCUCGUUCACUAAUGCAGAGUUGCAACUCCAUGGAGAUGUCGGUUACGGUAGCUCAGAAUUUUUCGAAAAUCAAGCACGAAUGGGAACACGCUUGGCGAACUUCAUCAGUGCUUUCCUUCAGAUAAGUAAUCCUGACGAAGUUUACUCAGGAAAGCGAGUGCCCGACCGAGCAUUGACCGAAGACCAGAUGAUGGGUGAGACUUUGGCUCUGCUUCUUGGAGACACAAAAAUUUGGUCUGCUGGAACUUAUUGGGAGCGGAAUAAAUUUACGAAUAGAACUUUCUUCGCACCCUACGCCUACAAGCCGGUUCGGAACACGAGGAAAUAUUUCAUCGAGGAUCUCGCUCGACUAAACGAAACCGAUGAGAUUUACACCAACAAGAAGUGGUUCAAGUUCCUACAGCAGCGAUGGGCGACAAACUUUGACGAACUUGAGAAAUAUUAUUUGAAACUCAACAUCCGUUUCAACGAGACAGGCGAGCACAGCAAGAAAUACGAGCAGUACCCGACAUAUUACAGGGCGGCAAACCUGAAUCAUGGUCACUGGACAACUCCGUACUUUGAUUGUAACGGUAAGGUGAAUAAAUGGGUAAUUACCUAUGCAUCCCCAUUUUUCGGCUGGGACAGCUUGAGGAACAAACUGGAAUUCAAGGGUGCCGUUGCUGUUACGAUGAACUUGAUGGAAAUGGACAUCAACCAGUGCGACGAUAAAUUUUAUGUGCCCAAUGCAUUCAAGGGCACCCACAAAUGUGACAGAAAAACAUCAUAUUGCGUGCCAAUAUUCGGAAGAGGUUUUGAAACUGGCGGGUACAAGUGCGAAUGCAAACAAGGAUUCGAGUACCCGAUGGAAGAUCACACCACUUAUAUCGAUGGUCAGAUAAUGGAAGCGGAGUUUCAAAACAUUAUCGAAGACAGAGAAACGAGGAUAAAUCUGUUCAAAUGUAGAUUGGCUGGUGCGAAUGGGAUACAGGCGAGUUACAUGCUGAUUCUCCUCAUUGUCUUUUUCUCCAUUUUACGCUUCACACGGAGAUAAAUCAACGUAGUAACAAAUCGAUAAACCGUCCGCAAAGAUUUAUUCAUUUUAAAAAUUAGAUAUAUGUUAUUUUUUAUCAAUAGGUUUAAGAAUCACGCAAAUCACUCGAUCGUUGUAAUUUAAAUAUUUAAUUGUUUUUGUGUCUCAGAGCACAGUACUCAAUUUAUUUGUAUUAAUAAUCAUGAUACUGGAAGUAGUAGUCAUCAAAAAAUUUUAUUAAUGUCAAUGAACAAAAUACUGACUAGCAAACAUUUUUUUUUGACAACUUUGUAAUUAAAAAAAAAUAAAACUGUCAGAUGUCGGCUACUUUCAGUAUCAGUAAUUAUCCGUCCAUAUAAAUUCUCUUUUAUAUAUUUAUAUAUAUAUUAUAUAGGGAUCAAAUGUUUUUUGUAAAUACUAUACAAAUUUUUUAAGUAUUAAUCGUCCGUAAGAUUUUUUUAUAAAAAUAUAUGCCGUUUUUCUAAAAAUAUUUUUUAUAUUUAGAAUUAAUUUUACAAUCGUUAGAAUCUCAAAAAUUUUUUUAAUUGUUAAUAAUAAUAAUAAAUAAAUUAAUCCGUCCAUUUUAAAACUAACAAAGUGCCUUUUUAUAAAGCAAAUAACAAAACGUGCUUUGCGCCAUU